AUGACAUCGUCUCGAAAACUAUGCACGCCCAAUGAUUAUGCCGAAAUCCUGUCUCGGUAUGACACUUGGCUCUUUGACUGCGACGGGGUGAUAUGGUCUGGCGACGAUGCCAUUGAAGGAGCCAGUCAGGCAAUCGAGUUUCUGAGAAAGAAUGAAAAGAAGAUCAUAUUUGUCACCAACAAUGCUGCACGAAGUCGAAAGAUGCUGAAAAAGAAGUUUGACAGACUGGGAUUCGCAGCCAGUGAGGAUGAAAUUGUAUCCAGUGCUUUUGCCGCCGCGGCUUAUCUCAAAGAAGUGUUGAAGUUUCCUGCUGAUCGCAAGGUGUUCGUUAUGGGAAUGGAAGGGAUCGAGGCGGAGCUAGAUGCUGUCAAUAUCAAGCGACGUGGAGGAACAGAUCCAGAAGACAACAAGUUUCUCCCUGCAAACGACUAUUCUUCCCUCGUGCAAGAGAACUCGAUCGAUCCCAGUGUUGGUGCAGUGGUAUGCGGAUUUGACAUGAACAUGAACUACGGCAAACUUUGCAAAGCAUUUAAAUACUUGACGCGCGACGGAGCGCAAGGACCGGUUCUUGCAGGAGAGACUGGAGGAGGCUGUCAUUUCAUCUUGACCAACGACGAUCAAGUGGUUCCAGCUUUAGGAGAACUAUGGCCAGGUUCUGGCUCUCUGGCUACGCCAUUGAUUGCCUCCACGAAGCGCGAUCCGAUAAUUGUUGGCAAACCGCACGCGCCCAUGCUCGACACUGUCAAGUCACUUUACAACAUUGACUUGAGCCGGUCGAUAUUUGUGGGCGACAAUCUCCACACAGAUAUACAGUUUGCGAAAGACGGUAAUAUGGAUUCUCUCCUUGUUCUGACGGGCGUCACCAAAGAGGAGGACUGCCGAACCGAAGGCAUAUGGCCGUCCUUUAUCAUCCAGGGCAUCAGCAACAUACCAAUGGCGGAAAAAGCCCAGUCGAGGACUACAGCCAUGAGCGUCCAGGGGACGAGUGCCGUGCAUGCAUCGCUAUAG